GCAAGGAAUUGUGGGUCCAAACGAUAAUCGAAUGACGCCAUUGGCAUCUGACGUUCAGCAGUCGUCGUUUGUGAUAAUCUUUAAAUCGCUUUUAUAAUUUAAUUAUUUUUAAAGCCGUAAUUUUAAAUCCGAAUAAACUAAGAUGGGAGCAUUGUUAGCAUUGUGUACUGCCGGACAGUUGGCUUGUUGUUGUGGGAGUGCUGCAUGUGGUUUAUGCUGUUCUGCUUGUCCAUCAUGCAAGAAUUCAACCUCUACACGUAUUAUGUAUGCUGUAAUGUUGCUAUUGACAACUAUAGUCGCUUGCAUCAUGUUGUCACCAUCAUUGACAGAGACAUUACAAAAAGUACCAUUCUGUAAAAACAGUACUCUACUUAGUCAAACUGUUGAUUGCGAUAAAGCUGUUGGAUACCUUGCGGUUUAUAGAAUAUGUUUUGCAUUGACACUAUUUUUCGUUUUAUUUGCAAUAAUGAUGAUUGGUGUGAAAUCUUCUAAAGAUGCAAGAGCAGGAAUUCAAAAUGGAUUUUGGGCAAUAAAAUACUUGAUUUUGAUUGGUGGCAUGGUUGGAGCCUUUUUCAUUCCAGGAAAUUCUGCUUUUGGUGAUGUCUGGAUGUAUUUUGGAAUGAUUGGUGGUUUUGUAUUUAUCCUGAUUCAGUUAAUUUUGAUUAUUGAUUUUGCACAUAGUUGGGCUGAAAGCUGGGUUUCAAAAUAUGAAGAAACAGAAUCAAAGGGAUGGUAUGGUGCACUACUGUUUUUUACUUUCAUACAAUAUGCGAUCAGUAUUGCUGCUAUAGUUCUCCUGUUUAUUUAUUACACUAAAAGUGAAGGGUGUAGUCUUAACAAAUUUUUCAUCAGCUUCAAUUUGAUUUUGUGUGUAGUAUUAUCCAUUUUGUCCAUUAUUCCAAAAAUUCAAGAAGCUCAACCACGUAGCGGUCUACUUCAAGCAUCUGUCGUUUCUCUGUACACAUUUUAUCUCACUUGGUCAGCUUUGCAUAACUCUGGUAAGAUUUAAAAUUUUUCAUAAUAGUUUUUUUU